UCGUGUUGCUUUAUAUACGCAGGCAGACCUGUGACAUUCACUGUUCUUAUGUCUGUGUCAACUGUAUAGCUAUCUAAAAAUGAACAUUAUACGGUCAUCUAUUUCCCGACUGCGUGGGAUAAACAAUUUCACCAGCAUCCCUGCAGGAAACUUUGCAAUACCUGGCAACUCUCACCUUAGACUAUUCAGCAGCUGGAUGGUGCCCACAGCAGCUGUGAGACCUACUAUUUCCAGAUGUGGGCUGCUUUCUUCACAAGCUGAGGGUUCAGGAGUGUUCCAACAGCUUCCAUGGCAAUACCAGCAGAUUCGGACAAAGAAGAGAGGUACAGAGUAUCAGCCCAAGAACAUCAAACGCAAGAGGACCCACGGCUGGAUCAAGAGGAUCAGCACACAAAGCGGCAUCGAGGUGAUUCUGAGGCGCAUGUUGAAGGGGCGGCAUUCACUCACACACUGAAGGACCUUGUCGGAAAACCUGCCAGUCUUUGAGAAAAAGACAUUGGCUCAGAAAAGUUGCCAUUGCUCAGGGUGCUGAGCAAAGACCCUGUGUAACGGUGAUACUGGGUGUGGGUUGGGUUUUGCUUUCCAUUACUCAUGGGUGGGGAGCAAAAGCUGGCCUUUGACAAAUAAUUUGCAUUUGGUAAAAAGAAGACUGGUAGUUUCACCCAGUCUUUUUUAUCCAUAAAGUUGUGUUUGUUACCAUUAAAUUAAUGUUUGUUUUUUUGCUUGUGUGAAGUUAAUGGAUGACAAAAUGAUCACUGUCAUCAUUUUUCCACAAAUGAAAACCAAAUUCUUGUUUAAUAUGAAAUAAAAACCACCCCUGAAGAAUUUAAA